AUGAAGUGUUUUGGUUUAAAAAGUCCAGAUGAUUUGCCUACAAAGAAUUUACCCCCUCCAGAAACGGCCAAUGCAAAAGUCAAAAUGGAAUGGAUGUACGAAUGUGCUACUGCAAUCUUACACAACUAUGUCAUGGCAGACAUUGCUAAAACACACCCAAGAUUUGAAGGUGCUAUUAAUAUGACAUUAUCUUACUUAUUAUAUUAUUUACUAAUUAUUGCAAAACAGAGAAUAAUUUUUAAAAAUAUAUUUUUUAUCUAUAAUUAUUGAAUUGAUAAAUACAUAAUGUAAGUAGCUAAUAGCAGCUACCAUUAUAGUUUACAGCAAUAUUUUUAUAUGCCGUAAAAAUUAUAGCCAAUAAUUUAUAUUUUGGUUACUUCUUUUUAGAGGCUUCUUGACAGCAAGCAAGACAGGCAACACAGAGUAGAGAACAAAUGAAGAAAAGAGCAUGAAAUCCUAGAAACCAGGAUAUAGAAACCACAAGUCAUAGUAAUUAAUAACUAAGAUAUUGAUAAGACAUAUUAUAUAAACUUAUAAUCACUAAGAAUAUUUAUGGACAUCUAGUCAGGUAUACAGCAAAUUAUAUUAAAAUUGUCGUCAGAGCUCCAAACUGCAAAAUCUCAACCCGUCAGUCAGAAUGACAGUAGUCGUGACCUAUGUAUACAUGGUUAUGUUAAUAGUAUAUACUUGACACAUUUUAUCAAACAGACUCCAUAAAUUAGAACAAACUUUUUAAUUAAAACGACAUUUUUAAAAGUAUACAGACUAUGACUGUUAGAACAUAAUGUAAAAGAAUGUCAACACUUAAUAUAUAAUUUCUGAAUAAAUUAUCACUUUAGAUGUUUAAACCAACAUUAAAACUGCUUUUCUACCAUGGUUGUCUCCUUCCAAUACCGGUACAGGUAAUGCUAAGGAGACAACAGAACCAUCCACAUCUACUGGUGAAAGCACAAAUACGGACUAUGUAUAUAACUAUGCUUGCUCCUUGUUAUUCCUUGACAUGCUUGUAAAAUAUUAUGAGGAUGCUAUAAAGGAAGGUAAUGCAAACAUGGAAGAAAAGUUUUGGAAAAUAGCCAUGCUAAUUUUUAAGGUUAAGAUCAACAACCAAACAAACAGAGUAAAGUACGCGUUUGAAUCGUUUAAAUAUCUUGCCCUAAUAUAAGCAGGUUUACCUCAUCAACUGUCCAUGAAGCAUAAGUGGGGAAGAUUUGUGAAUCAAAAGGGUGUUGCAAACAGUAUGGAAUGUGACAGAAGCUUGGAAAGUGAGGUGCGCAGCAAUAAGGACAAACAGGACGGGAUGGGCAAAAAUCUGACCCCAAAAAUGUACACAGCGUAUUGCACGUUCAUCAAAAAACGUUAGUUUGAUGCUCGAAACCUUUGAUACUAAUUGCCAGGUUAUGCCUCAAGUAAUAAGCCAUUCUAAAGUAAGCAGAGAUCUGGAUUUACAAGUGAUGGUCAGUGACCUCCUUCGUCAGGACGUUUUUGAGUUUGUUUCCGGAAGGAAGCAUCCUGCUUUCUCAUUUCAUAAUCGAUUACCAGUCCACAACUUCCAGCCCACUGCACUUUUGAAGUGGAUGAAAACACUAAAAGGAAAAUUUGCUAGAGGAAACUUAUUAUUUCUUAUGGAUGGAAGUGUAGAGGAUGGAAGUGUAGAGGAUGGAAAUGAAGAGGAUGGACAAGAAAAAUGA